GCGACCCGAGACGCGGCUCGCCGAGCGCCCGCCCGCCGUCGCCCCCUCCUCGCGCUGCCGCGGCCCGAAGAUGGCCGCCCUCCAGCUCCUGUCCGCCGCGCGCGGGCUCGGCGCCCGCUGCCAGGGGCGUGCACGCUACUUUUCCAUCAGUUCUUGCCGCUAUACCAAAUUUUACACAGAUCCCGUGGAAGCUGUGAAAGAUAUCCCUAGUGGUGCAACAUUGCUGGUUGGUGGUUUUGGGCUAUGUGGAAUUCCCGAGAAUCUUAUAGGAGCAUUACUAAAGACCGGGGUGAAGGAACUGACUGCAGUCAGCAACAAUGCAGGGGUUGACAACUUUGGCUUGGGCCUUUUACUCCGAUCUAAGCAGAUAAAACGCAUGAUUUCUUCAUAUGUGGGAGAAAAUGCAGAAUUUGAACGACAGUUCUUAUCUGGCGAAUUAGAAGUAGAGCUGACACCUCAGGGCACGCUUGCAGAGAGGAUCCGCGCAGGUGGGGCUGGGGUCCCUGCAUUUUACACCAGCACAGGGUACGGGACCCUUGUACAAGAGGGAGGAUCGCCCAUCAAAUACAACAAAGAUGGCAGCGUUGCCAUUGCCAGUAAGCCCAGAGAGGUGAGAGAGUUCAAUGGUCAAAAUUAUAUUUUGGAGGAAGCCAUUACAGGGGAUUUUGCACUGGUGAAAGCCUGGAAAGCGGACCGGGCAGGAAAUGUGAUUUUCAGGAAAAGUGCAAGAAACUUCAACUUGCCAAUGUGCAAAGCUGCACAAACUACAGUGGUAGAGGUUGAAGAAAUUGUGGACAUUGGAUCAUUUGCUCCAGAAGAUAUCCACAUUCCUAAGAUUUAUGUCCAUCGUCUUAUAAAAGGAGAAAAAUAUGAGAAAAGAAUUGAGCGCUUAUCACUCCGGAAGGAGGGAGAUAAAAAAGCCAAAUCUGGUAAAGCUGGAGACGAUGUAAGGGAGCGGAUCAUCAGGCGGGCUGCUCUUGAGUUCGAGGAUGGCAUGUAUGCCAAUCUGGGCAUAGGAAUACCUCUUCUGGCCAGCAACUUCAUCAGCCCAAAUAUGACUGUUCAUCUUCAAAGUGAAAAUGGAGUCUUGGGUUUGGGUCCAUACCCAUUACAGCACGAAGCUGAUGCAGAUCUAAUCAAUGCAGGCAAAGAAACAGUUACUGUUCUCCCAGGAGCCUCUUUUUUCUCCAGUGAUGAAUCAUUCGCAAUGAUUAGAGGGGGACAUGUUAAUCUCACAAUGCUAGGAGCAAUGCAAGUUUCCAAAUAUGGUGACCUGGCUAACUGGAUGAUACCUGGGAAGAUGGUGAAAGGAAUGGGCGGUGCUAUGGAUUUAGUGUCUAGUUCCAAGACCAAAGUGGUGGUCACCAUGGAGCAUUCUGCAAAGGGAAAUGCACAUAAAAUCAUGGAGAAAUGUACCCUGCCACUGACUGGAAAGCAGUGUGUCAACCGUAUUAUUACAGAAAAGGCUGUGUUUGAUGUGGACAAGAAGAAGGGGCUGACUCUGAUAGAGCUCUGGGAAGGCCUCACUGUGGACGACAUAAAGAAGAGCACCGGGUGUGAUUUCGCUGUCUCACCAAAACUCAUGCCCAUGCAGCAGAUCACAGCUUGAAACAUGGAGUAGACGUUUGUCAGAAGCUGCUGACUCCUUCCUUGUAAACACAUAGGAUUUAAUUGAAAGGAAGUCAGCAAUCACAAUUGUAUAUUAAACAAGCAGUUUUUGACUCAUUUUCUUCUAGUAUUUCAGCAUUUGUGCAGCCACAUAGACUUUGUUCUGUCAAGUAUACUAUGGCAUUCUCAUGAAAAAACAGGGAAACAUUUCAUGAUGUCUUGUUUCAUUAGAGUUGAGAAGGCUGUCUUGAAAUUGGUGCUCACUUUGGAUGUUUCUUCAUCUUCUGUACUAUACAUGCUAAGUUAUGACUUAGUGCUCUUGAAUGAAAAUAAUGUGUAUAUGAAUUUGUGAUUAGGAGGAAUGCUUUUUUAAUGAUUGUAUAUCUUUCGCCUUUCUUUGACUUUGGUGGGGAAGCCUCUGCUUUGUGAUUAGAUAUUGCUCCCAUAGUUCUUAGAGCCAAAUACAUAUCCAGGAAGGUGUGUCUGGGAAGAGAAGUAACUGGCUUGUAGAAGAGAACAAAAGUUAUAGAAUCGACCAGUACUGAUAUUUCACCAAAAAGUUGCCUUCAUAGAGAGCCAACUAUCUACCAGUGAUUUGCGAAGAGUUGAGUUUAACUAUAGGAAGAGGGCUAGAAAUGUACUGGUCUGCCUAGAUAGUUUUCCUAUUCUAUAACACUGCACUGUUCCUUUGGAUGAAGAGGACUCUCUAAGAUUAUUUUGUUUAUUGAGGCCUAGUGAACUAACUUGUACAAUAAUUCCUCAAAGGCCAAGAAGAACUGUGGGCAGUUUAUCAUUAGUUCUUUUACAGAAAUAGCAGAGGUUUUAAAAUGCUGUUAAAAGAUAAUUUCUUCUUAGGCUUCCUAUUCUGCUCAGAAAAGAUCCUAAAUACAAAGUGACUUUUUCUACAUAACAGUACUUUUCUUGUGCCUAGACUAGUUUGUUUAACAAGAUGACAUUAAUGCAGCCUUAUCUAGGUAGGGGAACUAACGAUGGAAAAGUCUCAGAUUUGAGUAGCUAGUGAACUCUUUAAGUAUUGGGGAAUAAACACAGUGGCUGGUGUUUAUAAGGAAUGCAUCCCCAGUAAUCCUCAAUACCAGAUAUUUUGCCAGGAGGGGUUGCUUCAGAAGCAUCCUGGGUGUCAGAUGGGUGAAAGUCUACCAGGCUGGACAGCUGAACCAGCCUCUACAUAGAUAUAGCCAUAUUACAGUGCAAUAUGUCAUUCUUCUGACACUGAUUAUAGGAAACCAUGCUUGUUUUAAAUAACAGUUGUCAUUGAAAUCACUUCUCAACUAAAUCUACAGCUGUCGUGGUCAAUAUAAAAAGAAAAGUGGCUUUUUGUGAGUAACACACUGCUUAUGUAAAACUGCCUUUCUGGUUGGUGCAUGGUUGAAAGCAUGCUCUCCCAGUAUUGGCCAAACAAACCCUUCUUAGAUGAUCCAAGGUCCACAAGAGUCAAUGUGUCUACACUACCAUAGAAGUCAAAAAGAAAAACUCAUGUUGUUGAUAAUUGAUGUAUCUUUAGACUUACUUGUUUAUCAUUCCAGUCUGUUAUUUUAAGACAUUAAGAUUUUAAGAAUGUUCAUAUGCUUGAUCAAAGAGUACCAUGACAUUUUAAAAUGCAGUAAGAAGUAAAAUAAAGACUAACUUGUUAAGA